AUGUCACCCAAUCGUCAAGCUUUAUUGCUGUCAUCCUCAAAUUGUCAUGGCUAUUCUAUGCUGGAAUUUGCAAAACAAGAAAUAUGUUCUUUACUACAGAGUAUUAAUGUUACAAAUUUAAUCUUUAUUCCAUAUGCCCAAAUGGACUAUGAUAAGUACACUGCUAAAAUGAAAGAAGUUAUUGAACCAUGGGGAUUCAAGGUAACAGGACUACACACAUACCCUGAUCCUGUUGAUGCUAUUGACUCCUCUAAUGCUAUCUUUAUUGGAGGAGGCAACACAUUCCUUCUUCUAAAAACACUUUAUGACAAUAAUUUAGUAAAGCUAAUAAACACAAAGGUAAAUAGUGGGAACCUUGUAUAUAUUGGAAGCAGCGCUGGAACGAAUGUAGCAACCAAAAGUAUACAUACUACAAAUGAUAUGCCUAUAAUAUUUCCUCCAACAUUUGAAGCUAUUGGUAUUGUACCAUUCAAUAUCAACCCUCACUAUAUUGAUGUGCUAGAAAGCGCAACCCAUAAAGGAGAGACCAGGGAUCAAAGGAUAGCUGAAUAUAUGGAAAUGAGUCAUGCAAAACCUGUGCUAGGUUUGAGGGAAGGAUCAAUUUUGCAUAUUGAGGGUAAUAAGUUGACUUUAAAAGGGAUUGCUGGCGCUGUUCUGUUUAAAGCACAUGAGAAGAAGAUUGAAUAUCCAGUUGGUUCUGAUGUUUCCUUUUUAAUAUUUUCAUAA